UAACCACUGCUCCCACAUACGCAACAACCCAAAACACCCGCCUUUUCGUCAUUUCCCCCCAAAACGACCCCCUUUUUCGCUUCUCCGCUUCGCCAGAUCCCCGCACAAGGCCCUCACGCGCCAAUUUUCCCCAUCCUUGCCGCCUCUUUCGCGAAAACGCGAAAACCGUCCGCCGCCAUUCGAACUCUUGACAGCUCGCUGUCAUUUUCCCACCAGUCCAGUGGAGUCGAUUGUGUUGGCUUGGGUCCGUAAAAAUACGAUGUUGUGAAGACAAAAUUGGUGUCUUGGUGCCCCUAGAGCCGCCAGAAUGGCCCAAAUCGAGUACGACUUUAAUCGCAUCUGCCGCACGUGCAAGACUGAGGCCCCAGAAAUGAGAUCGGUCUUCGAGGGAUGCGAAUUGUUGCACGAGUGUCCCCGUAUUGACGAGAUGCUAAUGGCUUGCACCUCCGUCCAGGUGAGGACCGAAGACAGGCUGCCGAAGCUGAUUUGCGUGACUUGCACGGAGCAGCUGAAGGGGGCCUACGUUUUCAAGCAGCAAUGUCAGGAGGUGGAAGUGUGUCUGAGGGAAUAUGCGAAGCAUAUGCCGCAGGACUGCAAGGAAGAGCAGAUUGUGGACGAAGAUGCAACGUUUACAGAAACCCUGGUGGAGCCUCUCGUCCAAGACUCAUCGAAACAAACCUCCCAUGCCGCCCAGACUUCGGACUUCAUCGAGUUCAUGGAAAACAACCAGAUGAUCCUAACCUGCCGCGAAUGCGGCAAAGUCUUCACGACUCUCGAAGGCCUAAGAAGCCACAAACGCAUCCACUUAGGUACGCUAUUCAAGUGCAGAUUCUGCGGCAAGGGCUACACCCGCCAGACCCACGUCUACCGCCACGAGCUGUCCCACGGCAAACACAAGCUCCACGUUUGUCGAAUAUGCAACAAGACGCUCACUCGGAUGGAACACCUCAAGCGCCACCUGACGACGCACCUCAAAGAGAAACCGUUCUCUUGCAAAUCGUGCAACAGGGGCUUCAAUCGCUCGGAUCACCUCGAGGUGCACGCUCUGAGGUGCAAGGGGGAACGGGUGCACAUUUGUGAUAUUUGUAAUAGAGGGUUUUCGAGAGAGGAUAGUCUGGAAGUGCACAAGAGGCUGCACGAGAAUCAAAAGCCGGCGCUGCCGACGUUAGAUAAUAUAGAUAAUAUAGAGGAGCACUAUUACGAGAUAGAUUACGAUCCGAAUUUGGAGUACAAUGCGGCGUCGGACGUUGAUGAUUACUUGGAGCCGCACGUGGAGGUGACUGAGAACUCGGACGAGGAGAAGAUCAAGGCGGUUGCGGAUUUGCAGAAUGAGGAUAGUCAGGAGAAGGAGGCGAGUGAGGAUAAUGUGGAUAUAAAGGAAAUUUUGGAGUCGCAGGUGGAUAUCGAGAUUAAUGAGAACGACAUCACUAUUGACGAGGAGAAGAAGAUUAUAAGUAGUAAUUAUCAACACGAGGAGUAUAACAAUGAGCAUGACGAUGACGGGAUUAAUGACGUUGCAGACAAUGAUUCCGACAGCGCCCACUCCGAGUACCUCCCCACGAAAACCAGCCCGCCCAAGAAACGAGGUCGCGGUCGACCUCGAAAGCACCCCGGAGGCUACAAAAGCACCGGCAGACCCAGAGGUCGCCCUCCCAGCCUGAAAAAGAACAAAAAGGAGCCCAUCGACCGGGAAGAAAUCGAAGGGGAGUUCCCGUGUUCGAGUUGUAGUGAAGUUUUCAGUAAGCUAAGUCUGUUAGAAAAGCACGCGAAAUCACACGAAGGCAUGAAAGUGCACACGUGUAAAGUUUGCAAUAAGGAAUUCGCUAGGUUUAAUCAUCUCAAAAGACACAUGACUUCGCAUUCUGUCGUUCGGCCGUUUUCGUGUGACGUGUGUAGUAAGAGGUUUUCGCGAAGGGACCACUUACAACAGCAUGUGAGGCUGCACGACAAGAAGCAGGAGUACCAGUGUGAAGUUUGCUGCAAGAUGUUCCACAGGGCGGACCAACUGGCCAAGCAUAAAGUCUCGAAACACAAUAUCGGAGAGAAGAUCUUGGGCGAGAAGAAAUUCGAGUGUCACGUUUGCCUGAAGACCUUCACCACGGAGAAGUACCGGGACGUCCACGUCAAGGGCCACAUGGGCGAAAAACGUUACCAGUGCAAGACCUGCGACAAGUGUUUCCUGUCGAAGUCGCACCUCACAGAACACAUGAAGUUCCACAACGAGCACUCGAAGAAGUUCUUGUGCUCAGAAUGCGGGCAGAGGUUCAUCAGGAACGAUUACCUGGUGAUACACAUGAGGAGGCAUCGUGGAGAGAAACCGUUCAAGUGUAAAUACUGCGGCAAAGGGUUUCCGAGGACGACCGAUCUUACAGUACACGAGAGGUACCAUACCGGGGAGAAGACGCACUUGUGUACGAUAUGCGGGCGAGGGUUCGGAAGGGCGUACAAUUUGACGGUUCAUAUGCGAACUCACACGGGUGAAAAGCCUUACAGGUGUACGUACUGUGAGGCCGCUUUUGCUCAAGGUAAUGAUCUCAAGGCGCAUGUGCGAAGACAUACGGGGGAGAGGUUCCAAUGCGAAUUGUGUACGGAGAGUUUUCUUAUGGGGUAUUUGCUGACGCAGCAUAAGAGGACUGUUCACGGUUUGAACGUAGUAAGUAACAUUCGCCGCCUCCAGCCCGUGAACAAAAUCAAACAGGACACGGACGACCCGCCUCCGAUCACAAUUCCGUUGCCUAAACCAGUAGUACCUGAUAUUCUCUUAAGUAACAUUCAGGCCCAUUUAUCGGCACAAAUGCAGCACCACCCCCAUCCGUUAGCCAGAGAAUAACGUCUAAAGGUACUAUUGAAAUCGUUAUUUGUUAUUUUCUCCUUAAGCGAAGUUUUCUUUCAGAUUAAAUUAAAAAUGUACAUAUAACUAGCUGUAAGUAGUGUAGAUACCGUUUACUUGUUCAUAUUUUCAUUUAAAGUUUUCUCACUCGGUCUUUCAGUAAUUUACGUUUUGAUUUUGUAGAAUUUUAGUUUUUCGUUACGGAUUUACACUGACAAGACAGAUUUCAGGUUAUUUUUGUUAGUGAGUAAGUUUUUGUGGAAAUUCGUUCCGGUUCUAGUGCGUACGAAAGAAUUUUUGACCGUAGCGUAGAAGAGAACCGUGUCCGGCAUUGCUAUUUCAGAUUUAGGGCCUACUUUUGGAGUACAAUGUAAAGGCGACAAAUCAAAUUUUAUUGCAUACCUAAUCUUUGUAUUCUUUCUUGUUUUACGAUGUUUCUCAUUUAGACUGUAAAAAGCGCCGCCAUUUUGUAAUUUACUUUGGUAGAUUGUAAAUAUAUUUUUACAUUAUCGAAAAUAAAAAAUUGGGUGUA